AUGAAGCCAGCAGGUGUCAUCAUCGGAAUCGACGCGAAUGCGAAGACGGGACUCAAACAGCAAUCCGAUGUGCUAGGAAAAUGGUACUACUCAGCGGAGAGAACGUCGAACAACGGGCCAACCCUUUUAACAACUGAAGAGCAGCGCAAGCGGAAGAUGAGGACUCUUAAACUUCAGCUCGACUACGUUCUGGCAAGGAACAUUUAUCAGUCAGAUACCCGAAAAUCUAGAGCUGUUUGGGACGUCGCAUUCGACUCCGACCACCAUCCAGUUCUUCUCAGCUUCAACAAGAGAAACCGAGGAGUUCCCCUCCAACCAAAAAUAGACAUAGCAGGUCUGAAAGACGAAGAAUGCAGAACGAAAUUCCGCCAACGUGUGUCCAUUCAUGUUGGGGUACGGACAAGGAAGAAUCUCAGCGAUGCGGAUUGCUUCACAAAGUGCAUCCAGGACGCUGCAAGGGAAAGGCUCCCGGCUCUAUUGCCGUGGAAGAAGCUUGUCUUUGCAUCUGCGGAAACAAAUCCUACGUACAAUUCUGUAUGUGUCGUGCGCAGCGCUGGUGACUUCAACCAAGAAAAGCGUCUUAGAAGGAAGCUGCGCCGUCAACUGCAACAAGACCGCGAUAACGGGUGGACGUCAAGAGCGAUGGAGUUUGAGAAGGCGUGGGAGGAUAGGAAUCCGCGGAAAGCCUAUGCUCUACUAAAACAGUGUAGCGGCAAAAUGAAAAUAUGUCCUGUAAUAUAUCCUGUCCUCAACACUGCCAAUGGAGUAGCUGUCGGUGAAGCAACCUUUCCAAUUUGGAGAGAACACUUCAAGACCUUGCUGAACUGGCUAGUACCGUCAGCUCCUGAACUCGAACACGUUCAUAGGCCGACAUAUGCGGUUAACAAGGAACCACCGACCAAGUCGGAGAUUUUAACGAAAGGUUACCUGAUUCGUGGAGACACCUCACCGAGGCCGUCUUAUCAACGAGCUCCGCGUGUAGUAUCAGGAAAGUUCGUUUGCUUGCUUGAUGACAUGAAUAAGCGAACAACUGCUGUAGUUCGAACAACAUCGUUUGAGGCGGUAAUUGGAGUAAGACAGGGGGCAGAGGCAGGAACCUUCCUGUUCAAUUUCGCCAUCGACAUUAUGCGUAGAACAGUCGACCAGUGUCCUGCUGACAUUGUCUUAGCACUAUCUGGGUGCCCCUUGACUGAUCUCGAAUACGCUGACGAUGUUGUUAUAUUUGCGGAAAGCAGUACGAAACUUCAACAUGUUGUCAACCUUGUAUCGAAGCUGGCUGCAGCCCAUGGACUACGUCUACGCCCUGAUAAAUGCAAGCAGAUGUGGAUUUCUUCGAGACCUCGAACAGGUAUCAGGGUAGACGCACAACCCAUAGAACUCGUCGUGAGUUCUGUUACCUGA